GGUGGGGAGAUGCGCUCCCAGGUGUUUGCAGCGGAAGUGGGAAACCUGUAGGUUAUGGUCCAGCUGUGCCGCGCCCAGGCGAGCAGGAGCAGGGAACAGAUACCCACUUUGGAUCGUUUCUGAAGCUGAAUUCAGAACAAUCUUAAGGCAUAGAAGCAGCAUUGACUCAGGCCAGCCGAAUUUGGAAGAUGUAAAUCCCCCAGCUCGCAGCACAGAAUGCGUUAUUUGAGAGUAUUGCGAUGCAGAGAGCCAGCUUUACUGUCAUCUAACCUGCUCUCCCCAGAAGGUUGGCUGAAGGAUGGGAGCGGCUGUGCCUGCUUCUGAGGUCACAGCUUGAAGUCCUUUUAACUUGCUUUCUGCUGCAGGAGAGAGGCAUAUUGUGGUAUAACUGUCGCUGCAUUUAUUCAAACGGACAAUUUGCAAUAAAUAUUAUACCCAGAACAACAGAACACUCCACCAUAUGAGGUGUUAAAUAUUAUCCAACUGCCAUAAAUCUAAAGCUUUUUUGGAAAAUUGAACCUAACCUCUACUGAACACAAGAUGAAAAUGUGGUUGCUGGUCAGUCAGUUGCUUGUGAUAAUAUCUUUUACAACCUGUCUAUCAGAGUUCACCUGGCACAGAAGGUAUGGUCAUGGAGUUUCUGAGGAAGACAAAGGAUUUGGACCAAUUUUUGAAGAGCAACCAAUCAAUACCAUUUAUCCAGAGGAGUCACCAGAAGGAAAAGUCUCACUAAACUGCAGGGCACGAGCCAGUCCUUUCCCAGUUUACAAAUGGAGAAUGAAUAAUGGGGAUGUUGAUCUGACAAGUGAUCGGUAUAGUAUGGUAGGAGGAAACCUUGUUAUCAACAACCCUGACAAACAGAAAGAUGCUGGAAUAUACUACUGCUUAGCGUCAAAUAACUAUGGGAUGGUCAGAAGCACUGAAGCAACCCUGAGCUUUGGAUAUCUCGAUCCUUUCCCACCUGAGGAACGUCCUGAGGUCAGAGUGAAAGAAGGGAAAGGAAUGGUGCUUCUCUGUGACCCUCCAUACCAUUUUCCAGAUGAUCUGAGCUACCGCUGGCUUCUAAAUGAAUUUCCUGUAUUUAUCACCAUGGAUAAACGACGAUUUGUGUCUCAGACAAAUGGCAAUCUCUACAUCGCGAAUGUCGAGGCAUCGGACAAAGGCAAUUAUUCCUGCUUUGUGUCCAGUCCUUCUAUCACAAAGAGUGUGUUCAGCAAAUUUAUCCCACUCAUUCCAUUACCUGAACGAACAACAAAACCAUAUCCUGCUGAUAUCGUAGUUCAGUUCAAGGACGUAUAUGCACUGAUGGGCCAAAACGUGACUUUAGAGUGUUUUGCACUUGGCAAUCCUGUUCCUGAUAUCCGAUGGCGGAAGGUCCUAGAACCAAUGCCAAGCACUGCUGAGAUCAGCACCUCUGGUGCUGUCCUCAAGAUCUUCAAUAUUCAGCUGGAAGAUGAAGGCACGUAUGAAUGUGAGGCUGAGAACAUUAGAGGAAAGGAUAAACACCAUGGAAGAAUUUAUGUUCAAGCAUUUCCCGAGUGGGUAGAACACAUCAAUGACACAGAGGUGGACAUAGGCAGUGAUCUCUACUGGCCUUGUGUGGCCACAGGGAAGCCCAUCCCUACAAUCCGAUGGCUGAAAAAUGGAUAUUCGUAUCAUAAAGGGGAAUUGAGACUAUACGAUGUGACUUUUGAAAAUGCUGGAAUGUACCAGUGCAUAGCUGAAAACACUCAUGGAGUCAUUUAUGCAAAUGCGGAGUUGAAGAUCUUGGCUUUGGCUCCAACUUUUGAAAUGAAUCCUAUGAAGAAAAAGAUCCUGGCUGCCAAAGGAGGAAGGGUUAUAAUUGAAUGUAAACCUAAAGCUGCACCAAAACCAAAAUUUUCCUGGAGCAAAGGGACAGAGUGGCUUGUCAAUAGCAGCAGAAUACUCAUUUGGGAAGAUGGCAGCUUGGAAAUCAAUAACAUUACAAGGAAUGAUGGUGGUAUCUAUACAUGCUUUGCAGAAAAUAAUAGAGGGAAGGCUAACAGCACUGGGACUCUUGUCAUCACAGAUCCCACACGAAUUAUAUUGGCCCCAAUUAACGCUGAUAUCACUGUUGGAGAAAAUGCCACCAUGCAGUGUGCCGCUUCCUUUGAUCCUGCCCUGGAUCUCACAUUUAUUUGGUCCUUCAAUGGCUAUGUGAUCGAUUUUAACAAAGAGAACAUUCAUUACCAGCGGAAUUUUAUGCUGGAUUCCAAUGGGGAACUGCUCAUCAGAAAUGCCCAGCUGAAACAUGCUGGGAGAUACACAUGCACAGCUCAGACAAUUGUGGACAAUUCUUCAGCUUCGGCUGACCUUGUUGUGCGAGGCCCUCCAGGUCCUCCAGGUGGUCUGAGAAUAGAAGACAUUAGAGCCACUUCUGUGGCACUUACUUGGAGCCGCGGUUCAGACAAUCACAGUCCUAUAUCUAAAUACAACAUCCAGACCAAGACUAUACUUUCAGAUGACUGGAAAGAUGCGAAGACGGAUCCCCCAAUUAUUGAAGGAAAUAUGGAGGCAGCAAGAGCAGUGGAUUUAAUCCCAUGGAUGGAGUAUGAAUUUCGUGUAGUAGCAACCAAUACACUGGGUAUAGGGGAACCCAGUAUACCAUCAAACAAAAUUAAAACAGAUGGUGCCGCACCUAAUGUGGCUCCCUCAGAUGUGGGAGGUGGGGGUGGAAGCAACAGAGAGCUGACCAUAACAUGGGCACCUUUGUCGAGAGAAUACCACUAUGGCAACAAUUUUGGUUACAUUGUGGCAUUUAAGCCAUUUGAUGGGGAAGAAUGGAAAAAAGUUACGGUUACUAAUCCAGAUACUGGCCGAUAUGUCCAUAAAGACGAGACCAUGCGCCCUUCCACGGCGUUUCAAGUCAAAGUUAAGGCCUUCAACAACAAAGGAGAUGGACCUUACAGCCUCACAGCAGUCAUUAAUUCAGCACAAGACGCUCCCAGUGAAGCCCCGGCAGAAGUAGGCGUAAAAGUCUUAUCAUCUUCAGAAAUAUCUGUUCAUUGGGAGCAUGUUGUAGAAAAAAUAGUGGAAAGUUAUCAGAUUCGGUACUGGUCCGCCCAUGACAAAGAAGCGGCUGCACACAGAGUUCAAGUCACCAGCCAAGAAUACUCGGCCAGGCUGGAGAACCUUCUGCCGGACACCCAGUACUUUGUGGAAGUCAGGGCCUGCAAUAGCGCGGGAUGUGGACCUCCCAGUGACAUGAUUGAGACCUUCACCAAGAAAGCACCUCCAAGCCAGCCACCGAGGAUUAUCAGUUCCAUAAGGUCUGGUUCACGAUACAUAAUCACCUGGGAUCAUGUGGUCGCACUAUCAAACGAAUCUACAGUGACAGGAUAUAAGGUACUCUAUAGACCUGAUGGCCAGCAUGAUGGCAAACUGUAUUCAACUCAUAAACACUCCAUAGAAGUCCCAAUCCCCAGGGAUGGAGAGUAUGUUGUGGAGGUUCGUGCACACAGUGAUGGAGGAGAUGGAGUGGUGUCUCAAGUCAAAAUUUCAGGUGCAUCCACCAUAUUACCAAGUCUUCUCGGCUUACUGCUGCCUGCCCUUGGCAUCUUUCUCUACUUGGAAUUCUGAAUGUGGUGUGACAGCUGCUGUUUCCAUCCCAGCUCAGAGGACACCCUUCAUCCCUGUGAUGACUACAGUUUCUUCCAACUCCUGCGGCUCCGUCCUAAGCCAAAUAAAUUAUCCUUUAACAAACUAUCCAACUGAUUUACAACACACAUUAUGACUGAGGCAUUCAGGAACCCCUUCAUCCAAAAGAAUAAACUUUUAAAUGGAUUUAAAAUGAUUUUUAACUCGUUCCAAUAUGCCUUAUAAACCACUUAACCUGAUUCUGUGACAGUUGCAUGAUUUAAUCCAAUGGGACAAGUUACAGUGUCAAUUCAAUACUAUAGGCUGUAGAGUGAAAGUAAAAUCACCAUACACAGGUGCUUUAAAUUUAAUAACAAGUUGUGAAAUAAAUAGAGGUUGAAAUGUUGAUUGUAUGUGGUAAAUGUAAGAGUAAUACAGUCUCUUGUAUUAUCCUCUCUGUCUUGGGUCCUGCAUAUUUUCAAACGGCCCCUAUCAUUCAAGACAUUUUGAGUUUUCUUGAAAAAGACAUAGAAUAUAACUGAAACGUUUUGACAUCAAUUCCAUUACCAAAUCAUUUGACUGAAUGAGUUGAAAGAUUUUAAAUAUUGAAAACCAAAUUCUAGAACAUAUUAUCAGUAUUCUCAUUUUGGAAGUGUGUAAUUUUCUAAAUGUUUGAUUUUCAGGAUCAGUAAUAAUUUUAAGUUAGUUUUUUAAUAGUGAAAUUAACAUACCACAUGAAGAUUUUUUUUACUUUUGUAUUCUACUCUGAAGUUAUUUUAUGCUUUUAUUAUCGGUUUCAAACCUCAAAAAUCAUAGCUGUUAUCUAGAGUAUCAUCAUAUUGCUGUAUUUAUUCAUACGUGAAAUGUUGAAUUUUGAAAAGUAGAGUGCUUCCAAUUUUAAACUGAGAUGUGGCAGUCUUUACACAGCUAGGAAUAAUGACAGUUAAGUGAAUGUCAGAAUUAUCUAAUAAUAUUCUAGAAUCUUUGUUUUUGUGCUUCAUUUCUUUAUUGAAGGUAUGGGAUCAAGAAAUCACCUAUAGGUUGGAAAAAUACAAUAUUCCUUAUUUUUUUUAAACUUAGUUUUAAACUCAUUUCCCGCCUCAAUGCAAUACGGUAACUGGCUAAAAAUACCAAAUCAAUAUGUUGCUAAUGGUACUUUGAAGAGUAUGCAAAACUGGAAGGCCAGGAGGAGACAAAUAAUGGGUCUGUCCAAUGGUGUCUCCCAAGGGUUGGUGCUUUAGGUUUUUGUAAGUUGUGAAAAGGAAGAUGCACAUUUCUUCAUUCUCCAUGGUGUGCACGGAAAUGUGUUUGAGUGUGGAUGUGACAGAAAUCGAGUAAUAAAGGAUUAGCUGGCUCAUGAAAUAGUGCAAUGUCUGAUGCUUCAAGAGGUAUAAUCCUAUUUUAUUAGCACAACUUUGCUAGCUAAUUAGAGAUAGAGUUUAUCUUUUUAGAAAGGAUACCUUAUAGGUUCGUAAAAAAAAUAUUUACAGGAAGCAAAAUAGAUCUAUUACUACUUUACCCCCUUUUCUUUAAUUUGUAUAAUUUUUGUACUAUAUAUCUAUGUGUAAAUGUUUAGAGCUUUCAUUAUGAAAAUAUCAACAAAUAUUUCAUUAGUUUACAUUUAACUCUUUGUUAUAAAAUGAAACUUUUUAAAAACAAGUGAAAUGGAUGAUUUCCCAGUGGAAGUAUGUCAACAGUCUUGAGAUCAUUACCAGAUUUCAUAAAAUAUUUAAUUAUUUGGAAAAGAAACAAAAUCUCUUCAUACUUUAGGAAAAAAAAUACUCUGUGAGCUUUCUGUACAAAUGUUUGUGUUUUCAUUGUUACACUUUGGGGUUUUCCUUUUGCAAUGUGACCCAUGUUGGGCAUUUUUAUAUAAUCGACAACAACUAAAUCUUUUGCCAAAUGCAUGCUUGCCUUUUAUUUUCUAAUGUAUGGUAAUAAAGAGCAAAACUGGUUAGAUUUUGCAUGAAAUGGUUCAGAAAGGUAAGAGGAAAACAGACUUUGGAGAUUGUUUAAUUUCAAAUUUGUGACAGAGAUAAGGUAGAUUAAAAUCUCUCAUACACUGAUAACUGAAGCUUUUCAUUUCCUCAUACAAUUGUACAAAUUUGACUGGGACCAUCAGUUUUAAACUGUUGUCAAACUAACUAAUGUAUCAUCUGCUUUAAGACGCAAGAUUCUUAAUUAAACUUUAUAUAGAUAUAGAGACAUCUGUUGUUUCUUUGUAUUUCAGGAAAGGUGAUAGUAGUUUUAUUUGAUACUGAUAAAUAUUGAAUUGAUUUUUUUAGUUAUUUUUUAUCAUUUUUUCAAUGGAGUAGUAUAGGACUGUGCUUUGUCCUUUUUAUGAAUGAAAACAAAUUAUAAAGAAAUAAAUGUCUUACUGUUACCCAAGAAAUAACAACUGUCCUUUCAAUUUACCUAAAGUUGAG